AUGGAGGAUGCGGCACCGCAACUGGGUAGGAGGCAAGAGAAUGCUUCGAUUUCCCGAAGGGAAUUUGAUUGCAUUUACAAUUCCUUUUUGGUGGGUGGAGAUGACAAUGGUAAAAAUGAGCAUAAUAACGGUCAGUCAAAAAAUCUGAAAAAGCAUGCAUCCGGUGACCUUUCCAAAAACAAAUUUUUUUUUCGAUUGGAAAUGGGGCUUGUGGGUUUGGCAUCGUGCUUGAAUACGCUCUCGAAUAUCACAAUACACCAAAAAAGUCUGUUGGGACUCUCAACUGAGGCAACGGUGCCAGAACUAUCGUUUGUAAAUGAAGAGACCUCUUCAAGAGGUGAGAGUGUAAUAAUGGCACCGAAAGGCGGACAAACAGCAACAUCUUUUUCAAAAGUUGGGAAUUCAAAUUGUGAAUUUUCGACGUGCACAAUGCUGGAUGAUCCCGAAUCGAAGUAUGGAGAGAUGGGGGUUGAUACAGUUUGUCCGAAAGAGGUUGGAACGAUAGCUGAAGCAAGAAGAAAUGCCACUGAUUUGGAGUCUUUUGAAUUUACCCAAGAAAGGAUUUUUUUGGAGCGAGACCAUUUUUCUCGAACAUUAGCUGAAAUGGAGAAAGAGAUGGACGACUUAAAGAACACAUAUGAGCAAAAAAUUUCUCUUCUUCACGGCGAAAUUAGAGCUUUUCAAGAUAUGAUGGUUAAGCUUCGUGAGGUGGAGAAAGCCCAUCAUUUGGAGUCCGUUUCGGCUGUGGAGAAGAAUGCCCGAUACGAAGAGGAAAUAAUGACACUGCGCAAGCCACUUGCAAUUUCCACAGAAAAGGAACUCUCACCAAAGGCCAAAAUGGAAUCUGUGGAAAAGCACGAUGAGUCGCGGAUUAAAUCCCUGGAGGAUGCGUUGGCGGUUGCGACAAGGAUGAAUAUUUUUUUGCUGGAAAAUGCAGAGAGCCGUGAUGCAGCAUAUUUUAGUGCAGUGAAGGAAAUAGAUAACCUCAGAGGCAAAUUAACGCAGGCGAGGGAUGAGACAAGACAUGGGAAGGAGCUGUACGAGGAAAAGAUAAAAGCAUUGGAAGGCGAAAUUCUAUUUUUAAAGCCCUUUGAGGAACGUGUUGCUCUACUUGAGGAAAAAUUGCCGAGGUGUUCCCAGCAGGAGAACUUAGUGGUGAAUUAUGAAGAAGAGAUAAGGCAACUUAGAUCGGCUCUGAGCGAAGCGGAUAGUCUUGUAGUUACUCUCAAACAAGAGUGUGCAGUACUUUCUGCUGGUAUGAACCAAACGGGGACAAUUGAUAAUAGCAUUUGCAAUCCGUCUAAUGCCACCAUACACAAUAACGCGAGAGCCUCUGAUAAUUUCGAUUUUGCUGAGGGUUCCUCACGCGUGAUGACCUUAACACGUGAGAUUGGGCGUCUGAAAAAGGAGUGUAACGAGUACCGCGAUGCAUUGGAGACCUUGAAGCAGGACCACAGCAUUGAAACUGAAUUCUUAACAGCAAGACUAUUAAAGGCGGAAUCAGGCCUUUUGGCAUUUCCACAGAAAAAUGAGUCGCCGACGCUCCAGCGAGGAUCUCGAGCGAUGUGCGACGCGGCCACGCAGGCGGUGGUGGGCAAUGAUGACAUGGUGGGCAAGUUGGGGGAGAAAAGUGAAAGUGGUAAAAUGGGUCAAACGCCUGAGUUAUGGCCUCCCAUUCUUGUAGAGCUUUCCCCACGUGUGAAGGUUAGAAAUAAAGGUAUCAAGAAAUGA